CAAAAGAAAACCAAAGUAUCCCAACCAAUAGAAGAAGAUUCUAAAGCAAAAUCUGGCCCAACUACUCAAGGGAAGAAAACCCCAACUCCUGAAAUCAUUGACCAAAAAGAUGAGUCUGAAAAAGAUCCAAAAGAUUUGGAUAAAAAAAUAGCAAAAGACAUGUUUAAAGUAGAUGGUGCUGAAUAUGCUUUCUCAACCUGGUUUGCAGAAAUAGAAUUCAAAAAAUAUAAAGCUGAGAUUACCGAAGAGUGGAAAAUGCAUCAGGGUGGCCCCAAUGUUAUACUUACAAAGAAAAUGAAACCAGAAUUUUGGGUUGAAAUAGACAAAAAAUUUCUGGUCAGAGAAGUCAGUGGGCAAUCUGAAGUAGAAAGACUUGAUAGCAAUGCA